AUGACGGCUAAAAUUAAGCUCAACACUCUCAAGCAAUGUCUUGAGUUCCUGGAGUGGUUGAAUAAUAAGAAGCAGAGUAGUAUGAAAACCAAAGUGGUCACUCAACUAUCUAACCGUCUUAGUGGCAAGUAUAAGAAUGUUGAUCAACCACAAAUUGCAAAUGCACUGUCCGCAUUCCUCGGCCACGUGUCCUACUUUUAUGGGAGAUUGUGCUACAAAGCAGAGGCAGGCAGUUAUAAAGGGGGAAACGAACAACAAAUCACCGAUGCUCUUUUAGAAUGCAUUCCCAAGUUCUUAGCCGUGAUGUACUUUUUGAGGUAUAAUGUGGAUGCGAACUUUGCUGCACUGGGUGGGGGCAAGUGGAAGGGUGACCGGCCUGGUGAAGGUAGAAUACUUGGCCGUGAUCUGCAGGCAUAUCUCACUGAUAGAUCAGGCUCUAGAUACGGUGUCAUUCCUGGAGGAUUCGGUAGUCACGGCGAGUUGAAACGUGGUCGUGGUUCCAGUGGCUACCGCCAAGGUAGUGACAUGGCCACUGACCUUACAGCGAUUUGUGAAAAGCAUGAUGCCCAGUAUUUUCGCGAUGUUUUCGUCACUUCAGUACUCGGAGAACAUGGCACAGAUAUUCCGAAUAUAGCCAACGCACUGCGUUUGGCGCAAGACUUUUGUGGGAUAUUCGGGGACGAAACUAAGGAGAGAGAAUUCAGAGAUUACGUGCAAUCUAAGGGAAAUUGCAUUGAGUGGGAAGAAUUAGUAAGGCAUUGUAAAUCUCUCCAAUCACAAUUUAGCAAACUUUACACCGGUCAACGCUUUUCCUUCACCGGCUACGGCCGGAAAUAUGAAGAGCUUAACAAGGAAAGGUUUGCAAAGAAAACGGCAAAUUGGUUGAGAAGCAACUUGGAAAAGGUGCGGAAGAAUUUGGAGCAUAUUAAGCCUUUUGUAAGUGAACACGAAGGUCAUGCACAUGAAUUCGCCAGGCUCCAUAAACAUCACACCAUGCUCCAGGAAUAUUACGCCGAGCUUGGCCCACAUUUCACUAAAAAUCUUUUUCCUUACGGUUUCACUUUUUAUGGUGAGAAAGAACACAUUAAGACAAAUGCGCCUUUUGAGGAUUUUAGGGCGGAUUGGGAUAGUGUAAUCUAUGAGCUUAAGAGAGACGGUAGCGGCUUGGCGGAGUUAAAAAGAAUUCUGGAUGGCAAGGGGUGUCGAGCACCGCUUCCACCUCCAAAGCCGCGCCCCAGGCCGGCGCCUGCGCCCAGGCCCCCGAGGCCUGUACCCCAACCCGGGCGUGCCAGGACUCCUGGUAGGACAUCCGGUCCAAGGCUUCUUGGAGAUUGGUCGUCAAGUGAGAGCCAGGCUUCUGGUGCUAGAGGAGGAAAUACAGGAGCGAGAGGGCCUAACAAUAGAGGAGGGGGAUCGGGGGCUCACAGUAGAAGAGGGGGGCAAAACAAAGGAAGUGGACCGGGGCCUCGAGGUGCUCCAGGUGCUAAUGGCGCACGGGCAAGCAGAAGUCCAGGGUCUUCGGUGUCUAUUAAGCCCCAACCCUUACAAUCGCAAAAUGAUUCUCGGCCUCAUUCCCAACAACCUCCACCUCCUGCCCCCAGUGCUCAUAGAGUGCCUAGUCCACCGGCUAAAAUACAUCCGACUUCAGAGCCCCUUGUUUCCCCAGCUCCUACGCAUGCUCACUCAAGUGCGUCCCGCUCCAGCUCUUCGUCAUCUAGUGUCACUGACGCCGGUGGUCAGGAACGGAGUCCACAGGCGGCCGCUUCUGGACAUAUUCAACAGAGUAGUCAAGACUCAGCUCUCAAUCGAGGCUCCAAUCCAGGCAUACCUGGUCAGCAUUCUGAUUUAGGUGGCGGUGCAGGAGCUGGUGGGGUGCCAAGCACCGGUGGGCAUUCAAAGGACACUGUUUCCAAAGCCGCUGAACCUGUUGCCUCUCCAAGCAUUGAUCUUUCCCAAGCUCAAAGUGCUCCAAGAGAUGUUCAGUCUGCUGGGCAUAAUAGUGAUCCGGGCCGUCCAGGGUAUUCGUUGCCACAGGCUGGGUCAAGCCACAAUGGAGCCCCGGGGCCCGUUGAUACGCCGGUUGGUCCUGUUCCGGAUUCAGACAGCAAGGUGUCUUCGGGAAUAAAUCCGGUUGUCUCUUCAAAUGUAAGCGACACUCAGACUUCAAGGGUUCAAAGCCCAGAUUCCCUGCCAUCUGUUGUCCCUCCUCCCGGUGGUGGCCACGGCCUAGAUGGACAGGCGCCUUCUUCUGACCUUACUCAACAGCAUCCUCAAGGCUCGCAACAACAUUUGACUUCGGGUGCGACUACAACAGCUGCUGUAAGUCGUGCUGGUACAGGUGACGAUGAAGCCAAUGGAGGGGGUGGGAUGGCGGCAGGUGGUACGGAUGGCGAUUCCCUGGUAGACAAUCACUCUGGUAAAUCUUCUAACGCCUCUCAACCUUCUAUGCAGCAUCCCACUCCAACUCAUUCAGACCAAGACCCUCCAUCUGAUAUCCCUGGUCCACCGGGUGAUGUGGGCCUUGCUCUCCAAUCGCCUCAACUAAUUGCUCAUGGCCACACGGGCGAUACAGGCGACCAUAGCCUGACAUCCAUUCCUCAGCCUCCCGGCCCAGAUUCUCUCAGUGAUUCUGAUCAUGCAGUUACAAGAGCUCAACAACUUGUUGGAACUCAGGAUAAUGGACCUCUAGGUCAGCUAGGCCCGGCACUGUCUGUUCCUCCAUCCCCACCUUCUGCUCCUCCCCUAACCACAGCUGCAGACCUUUCAACUCCGCAGAACAGUCUACAUGGACCCGUGGGGGCCCAAGGCGUUCAUGGUCAACGAGCUAUGCAGCCUGUGGAUCCCAUCUCGAAAGACGAUAUAGACUCUACGGAACCUCUAAAUAAACAGGUUUCCUCCAGUCCUACUGUGUCACAUGAUCCCCCUGGUAAGUCAACAAGCGGGGCUCCGGCUUCAACGUCAGGUAAGGCUGCGAUUUCACAGCCUGAUGACAUUCACGGCGCUGUGCUCACUCAGUCAUCAAGUGUUUCUAUUUCAGGAUCCCCAUCAUCAGGCGACCUUCCUUCACCAAACAUUGACGACCCAUGCCACAGCCUCGAGAUAUACGUCCCCAUGCGUAUAGUUACUGAGCCCGUCUUCGAUUAUGACGUCGGUGAGGAACCACCUGUCGAGACCUCCAUACUGCCCGACCGAGUAGGACCGUCUAUACCUGCAGUCUCGUUUAACCUUCUACCUCCAGCUACCAAGAAGCCUCUACCUUCCAGAGAAGAUCCAAAAAUUACCGCAGCCGAAUUCGAGGACAAGUGCGUUCCUACCUGGAUCACUCAGACGCCUAAAUACAGCUUCGCAGAUGUCCCUGACACCGAGUUGUUCCCCUCCGAGGCGCCGCUUGCAGUCAGGGAGAUGCUCAUUUGGCUGGUUGGACUUCAGAACCCGAAGUAUCAUGUGGACAUGGAGAAGUGUAUUAAAAAGGCAUUCGGCAGCAUGCCUGACGCUACACUCGGAGAUCUUAAGCUCUCUGUCAACGGUUCUCACAUCACAGCCAAACAGGUACUUGACGUCUUAAAACUUACCGCCAUGUUUGCAGCUUCAGUGCUAUCCACCAUUGAGCCUGCCUGGAAAGGUAACGUCGCAUUGUUUGCAACACUAAAAAGUAAGGACUCGGAUCAAUCCAAGGACGCUGAUUGCUGCGCUCUCCUCUGCCAGCUGCGGGACUACGCCUACGCCUGCUACCACCAGUUGCAGUUCUUAAGGUCGCAAUGUUCUCGGAAUAAGUCACAAGGUGGUUGGCAGGAUUGUCAGUACGGCAGUAAUGUAUCGUCUCCCAACUCCCCCCUCCAGGCUUUCCUGACCGACGCCCCCGACUCCAUCUUUAAGACACAUCCCUUCGACCCGUGCAGCAUCUGCUUCAAGAGCCGUGUCAAAAUGGGAUUCAAGGAUGAGGAUUUGCCUGCAUCUCACGAAACUGGCAAGCAUAUUUCCACCAUCCUCUCUCCCAGCUGCGGCGGCGACGAUCCCCUGCUGACACUGUCCUCUUACCUCAACUGCCUCACCAGGCGGACGCCGCGCACCACCGGGGAGCUUGUCUCUUUCUUCCACAAUUUCGGAAGUGCUCUUCACAGGUCUCCUUCACAGUUGUCCAGGCUGGGCUCCGCCCUCUCCAAGCCACAUCCUCACUGCCCCGACUGGGACCAUCUUGAGGCCGACGACCUCAAAGUCAUCAAGGACGCCCGGGGCUCCGACGCUUCCACCGUUAACCACGACAAGGACCAAGGCCAUCCCAAGACCCUGUCCACACUGCUUAGCUGCGGCAUCGAUAAUGCCAAGUGCCCACAACUGAUGAUGCCCAUCACCUACCGGGCCUACGCCCUGUACUCACCAAGCUUCGCCCACACCUACCUCAGCUGGACGGUCUACCUGGCAGACAGACUGUGGGAGUCACUGCUCAGGCUGCAAGAUGAUCUCGAGGACCUUCAAUGUUCCGACGAUAAAUCCCUCCAUCAGAGUACCAAGGCACUGCCGCUCCUCUACACUCACGGGUUCACCCCGCCGGACGGGACACUGCCGCCGUCACUCUCCUGUUCAGAGGUCAUUAACAAGCUGGAGGAAGUUGUAUCCGGUCAUCCUAUCGCAAACCUCAUGACCGCCAUGGACACAUUCCUCUACAGAGUCCGGGAGCCCUUCCUCUUCACCAUCAUCUCACUCUGGUCUGUCGCGUUCCUCCUCCUCUUUCACACGAUGCUCUACCGCAUCGACGUUCUGCGCAUCCGCUCGCACCUCCUCACCACCAGGGCCUCACACCUCAUCGACGUCAAGGCUUUACUCGCCGGCAGCCGCAGGAUGCUCUCACUCUACAAGGACGUCGACUACUUCGACGACGACUUUCACUCAUGA